GAGGAGGCGGCGUCGGGCUGAGCGGCCGUGUGCGCGGCGGGGAGCGCUCUCCGCCACCAUGAGGCGACUGCCGCUGCCCCUGCCCUGCCUGCUGCUGCUGCUGCUGCCGCCGCCGCUGCUGCUGCUGCUGCCGGCCGAGGUCAGAUGUACAAUUGCUUGCACAGAGGAUUGCAGCUCAAAAAAUGUAGCUGUGGAAACAGGAACCAAUAGUAAUGAUAAUUUAUCAGUAAACUCUGUAAGUGGAAACAAAAGCAAUGGAGGGGGAAGAUGGACCAGGGAUGUGUCACCACUCAACAGUCUGAUAAAGCCCAGCCCAGUCCAUGGUCUCACAGCAGAACAUGUUGGUGUGACUUCUGUCAACCUAAAAUGGAUGGUGAAUGACUCUGAUUCCAACUCCUCCACGUAUAGGGUAGAGGUUGGAAAUGACACCAAGGUUUGGAACGUGAUGUCCAAUGACCCCACAGCUGAAAUCACUGAGUUACUCCCUGGGACACUGUACAGUUUCACAGUGUUUGCUGUUAUAAAUGACAGUCAGACAGAAGGAGUGUCCAUAAGCCUGUAUACAAAGCCCAGCCCAGUCCAUGGUCUCACAGCAGAACAUGUUGGUGUGACUUCUGUCAAUUUACCAUGGAUGGUGAAUGAUCCUGCUUCUGAGUCCUACUCGUACAGGGUAGAGGUUGGAAAUGGUACCAAUGUUUGGAACCAUUGGUUCAAUGGCACCACAGCUGAAAUCACUGAGUUACUUCCUGGGACAUUGUACAAUUUCACAGUAUUUGCAGCAGUGAAUGACAGUCAGACAGAAGGAGAAGGAAUGUCCAUAAGCCUGUAUACAAAGCCCAGCCCAGUCCAUGGUCUCACAGCAGAAUAUGUUGGUGUGACUUCUGUCAAUUUAACAUGGAUGGUGAAUGAUCCUGCUUCUGACUCCUACACAUACAGGGUAGAGGUUGGAAAUGGUACCAAUGUUUGGAACCAUUGGUUCAAUGACACCACAGCUGAAAUCACUGAGUUACUUCCUGGGACGUUGUACAGUUUCACAGUAUUUGCAGCAGUGAAUGACAGUCAGACAGAAGGAGAAGGAGUGUCCAUAAGCCUGUAUACAAAGCCCAGCCCAGUCCAUGGUCUCACAGCAGAAUAUGUUGGUGUGACUUCUGUCAACUUAACAUGGAUGGUGAAUGAUCCUGCUUCUGACUCCUACACAUACAGGGUAGAGGUUGGAAAUGGUACCAAUGUUUGGAACCAUUGGUUCAAUGACAGCACUGCUGAAAUCACUGAGUUACUCCCUGGGACAUUGUACAAUUUCACAGUAUUUGCAGCAGUGAAUGACAGCCAGACAGAAGGAGAAGGAAUGUCCAUAAGUCUGUAUACAGAGCCCAGCCCAGUCCAUGGUCUCACAGCAGAAUAUGUUGGUGUGACUUCUGUCAAUUUAACGUGGAUGGUGAAUGACCCUACUUCUGAGUCCUACUCAUACAGGGUAGAGGUUGGAAAUGGUACCAAUGUUUGGAACCAUUGGUUCAAUGACAGCACAGCUGAAAUCACUGAGUUACUCCCUGGGACAUUGUACAAUUUCACAGUAUUUGCAGCAGUGAAUGACAGCCAGACAGAAGGAGAAGGAAUGUCCAUAAGCCUCUAUACAAAGCCCAGCCCAGUCCAUGGUCUCACAGCAGAAUACGUUGGUGUGACUUCUGUCAACUUAACGUGGAUGGUGAAUGAUCCUGCUUCUGACUCCUACACGUACAGGGUAGAGGUUGGAAAUGGUACCAAUGUUUGGAACCAUUGGUCCAAUGACCCCACAGCUGAAAUCACUGAGUUACUUCCUGGAAUGUUGUACAGUUUCACAGUAUUUGCAGCAGUGAAUGACAGCCAGAUAGAAGGAGAAGGAGUGUCCAUAAGCCUGUAUACAAAGCCCAGCCCAGUCCAUGGUCUCACAGCAGAAUAUGUUGGUGUGACUUCUGUCAACUUAACAUGGAUGGUGAAUGAUCCUGCUUCUGACUCCUACACAUACAGGGUAGAGGUUAGAAAUGGUACCAAUGUUUUGAACCAUUGGUUCAAUGGCACCACAGCUGAAAUCACUGAGUUACUUCCUGGAAUGUUGUACAGUUUCACAGUAUUUGCAGCAGUGAAUGACAGACAGACUGAAGGAGAAGGAGUGUCCAUAAGCCUGUAUACAAUUCCUGCAUCAGUGAACUCAUUUCAGUGUGAUCCAGUGGCCAAUCAGUCUUUUUUAAUGCUGAAGUGGAAAUGUCCUGCUGGUGUCAAUUCUGGCUUUAAAAUUAAAAUAUCUAAUGGUUCAAGGGAAGAAGAACAACUGGCUCUGUCCUGCGUGAGAGAAGGCUCAGAACAAACCUUUGAAACAGCACCUUUAGAUUAUUUCAGCAUUUAUAACGUUACUAUUGUGACUCGUUCAAAUAAUUCUGAAAGUGAUCCAGUGCUGAAAACGUGCCAUACGAGCAUUACUGACCCACCUGCUCCAGACGAAGGUCCCGUAGUCAAAGCAGUCAGCCACAGCUCUCUGUCUGUUGAAUUCUCCGAUUUCCAGUCCAAGAGAGGACCAUUACAAGCCUAUGCAGUAGUUAUCACAACAGGACAAGGAGAUGAUGUGUCUUUAAAGUCGAAAUUAAACAACACAUACCAAGAUUUCAAGAAGAAGACAACAGUCACCUACGUAACGUACGUCAUGGGCCCAGAGCAGGCAAAAUCGUCUUCUUUCCAUUCUCAGAAUGGUAUAAACGUCAUUCGUGUAGGCGAGGGAAACAAAAUGUAUGGCUAUGAAAAUGGACCAUUGAUUCCACUUUGUUCAUACAGGGCAAGCAUUGCAGGCUUCACUAAUAUAACCUUUACUACGGCUGACAUCAUUGUGGGGGAAGAUAGUUAUGUGUCAUUCUCCCCCUGGUCUGAGGCAGUCUUGCUACCCCAAGAUCCAGCAGGUGUUGUUGCUGGAGCCGUUAUUGGAUGCCUGUUAGCUUUAUUGGCUGUAGUCGCUAUAGGGGGGUUCAUAUUCUGGAGAAGGAGAAGGAAAGACAAAAGAAACACUGAAGUGUCCUUUUCUCCAAUUAAAUCAAAAAUGAUUAAAGUGGAGAACUUUGAGUCCUACUUCAAGAAGCAGCAAGCUGACUCCAACUGUGGUUUUGCUGAAGAGUACGAGGAACUCAAGUCUGCUGGGGUUCAUCAGCCCAAAUUUGCUGCUGAACUUGCUGAGAACAGAGGCAAAAACAGAUACAACAACGUCUUACCAUAUGAUAUUUCUCGUGUUAAACUCUCAGAUCAAAGCUCUGUAACUGAUGAUUAUAUUAAUGCAAACUACAUGCCUGGCUAUAACUCGAAGAAGGCAUUUAUUGCUGCACAAGGGCCUUUACCCAAUACUAUAGAUGACUUCUGGCAGAUGAUUUGGGAAAAGAAAGUCUACUCUAUUGUUAUGUUGACAAAAUGUGUUGAACAAGCCCGGACAAAAUGUGAACAGUACUGGCCAGACAAACAAUCCAAGAGCUAUGGUGACAUUACUGUGACAAUGGUCUCAGAGGUUGUUCUUCCAGAAUGGACAAUAAGGGACUUCACUGUAGAAAAGUCCUGCACACCUGAGAGCCACACCGUGCGCCAGUUCCACUUCACCUCCUGGCCAGAUCAUGGAGUGCCAGAGACAACAGACCUUCUCAUCAACUUCAGACACCUUGUUCAUGAGUACAGUAGUCAAAAUCCAAUUGACUCUCCUACUCUGGUGCACUGCAGUGCUGGUGUUGGGAGGACAGGGACGUUCAUCGCCAUUGACCGCCUCAUUCAGCAGAUGGAAAUGGAGAACACUGUGGAUGUGUAUGGAGUGGUGUAUGACCUCCGCAUGCACCGGCCUCUGAUGGUGCAAACUGAGGACCAGUACGUCUUCCUAAACCAGUGUGUUAUGGAUAUUAUUAGAUCCCAGAAAGACAAGAAAACCGAUCUCAUUUACCAAAACAUGACAGCAAUGGCAAUCUAUGAAAACUUCACACCUGGGCCGGGCUCAGCGAAGGCCAACGGCUACCACGCGUAGGCCAGGAGGAAGGCCAUGUCCCGGGGGCCAGUGCCUGCACAGCAAAGGCUGCGCCUCUGCUCCUCUGAGCUGGGGCUGUGUGCGGUGGGUGGCUCACGCCGGCUCCUCCACUCCUCCUUGCGCCCAAAGGUGGGAUCUACAGGAGGGAAAACAGUGCUGGCAGGAGCCAUGGAUUUGAUACUAAAACAAACAACAACCAAGCAAAACUCUUGGAAUUUUACAGAGGAACCUUGCUUUUUCUUGGGAAUCUAACAGUACUGAUAGGUGAAAUAGCAUUUGCAGUAUGGACAGUGAACUAGAAUUUUAAUAAUAACACAAGCUUUUUAUUACAGUUUUAUAUUAUUUCAUUUACAGACACCAGGCUUGUGGGCUAUUUUAAUAUAUUUAAUUUUAAGUUUCAGGAACAUAUUUUAUCUACUGUAUCUGGUUACUUAGCUAAUAGAUAUGGGCCUUCUGUGAUUUUUCUUUUCCUCUGUUCCUUUUUAUUUAAAAAAGGAGUACAAGCAGCUCCUUCAAAAUGGACAUUUAUACUUGGAAAUUGUGCCUUUUUCUAGUUGCUACUCUAGAAAAAAAAAAAAAACAGCAGAGAUUCUAUUUUUGUACUGAAACUCUUAAUGAGAACACAGAUUUUUAAAUAAGGCUUAUGUCAAACUUAACUGUAGUUGCACUGUUGGCAGGACUCUCCAGAAGUUUGUAGGUGAGCUUUGUUUUAGCAUUUCACCACAACUAUCCCCUGCCUUAAUGUUCCGGUGCCUCUGCUAGAGGAAAAGGAGUGUAGUCUGUCACUCUGAGCUUUAACUGUUGUAAAAAACCUGAGCAAGUGAGUAUGU